AUGAAAAAAAAUAAAAACUUAAAUCAUUUAGCAAUUGAUAAUUUCAAAGAUAAUACUGAGUCUUCAGAAAAAAAAAAGUUAUCGAAUAAAGAAAAGAAAAAAUUACAAUAUGAAGAAAGAAUUAGGAAAAAAAAGGAAAAACAACUAAAAAAAGUUAAAAAAUUAAUUCAAAAAAAUAAUUUAGGAUCUUUAAAGGAUAUACAUAGCAAUUUAAUUAACAACUCAUUAAAUGGAAAUCAUGAAGCAAAAGUCAUACUAAAAAAUAAUGAAAGUAAGUUAAUUAAUAAGAAAAAAAAAAAAAAAAUUCAGAUAAAAGAAUUAUGUAGCAAUAUAAAUGUUCCUGGAGAAAAUGAAGAAGAAGAUCUUAAAAGGGCAAUAAAAAAGAAUUCAAAAAAAGUUUCUCCUAUAGAAAAUUUAUCUAAGAAAUUAAUAAAAAAAUUAAAAAAUAAAUUAAAACAAGAUAAAGAAUUAGAAAAAAAGAAAUUAUUUAAAAAAAUAGAACAAUAUAAAUUGAGUACUAGUGAACGUAAUUUAAUGAUUCCUUUUAACAUAAAAACUCAAAAUGUAGAAAAUCUAGAGAAACUUUUUAAAGUUUACGAAAAAAAUAAUAUGGAACUACCACAUAAUCUGAAAAUAUUGAAAUAUAAAUUAGAGAAAAAAAAGAAAAGAUUUUUAGAAAAUAGAAAAAAUGAAGGAGAAAAACUUACUAAGGAGAAAAAAAAGAAAAUGAAAGUAGGUAAAACAAUUGAUUAUCACAUUAAAAAUGAUCAGAGCCAUCAUGAAGAUAUUGUACCAAAUUGUGAUGAAGAGAAUAGGAUAAAUUGCAAUAAAAAAGUAAAUUUAGUUCAUGAUGAAAUUAUUAAAGAGAAUAGUAUUAUGCAUAAUAUAAAAGAAAAUGAAAUCAAUAAAGAAAAUAAAAAGGAAGAAAUAAAGAUCAAUGAUGAAAAGAGGAAAAUAAUUUAUAAUAGAGUAAAUAUAAAUAGAACGGAAGAAAUAGAAAAAGUAAGAUUAUCCUUACCUGUUUUAAGUUAUGAACAAGAAAUUAUUGAAGCUAUUUUAAAUUAUGAUGUUGUUUUUAUAAAUGGAGAUACAGGAUGCGGGAAAUCAACUCAAGUCCCACAAUUUUUAUAUGAACAUGGAUUUUCUUCAAAUAAUUAUUUAAUAGGAAUUACAGAACCAAGAAAAAUUGCAGUUAAAAGUAUUUCACAUAGAUUAAAUGAAGAGUUAAAUGAAAAUGUAGUUGGUUAUCAAAUUAGAUAUGAAAAAUCCAAUUUUCUAAAAAACAGCAAAAUUAAAGUUAUGACUGAAGGAAUUUUAUUAAAAGAAAUAAUGAAUGAUUUUAUUUUAUCGAAAUAUAGUUCUAUAAUUUUAGAUGAAGCACAUGAAAGAAGUAUAAACAUGGAUUUAAUUUUAGGUUUGUUGUCUAUAAUAUGCAAAAUUAGAAAAAAUAAUUAUUUUAAGAACUUAUCAGAUGUUAUCCCAAUUAAAGUUAUUAUAAUGUCUGCAACUAUUGACGAUCAAAAUUUUUUUGAAAAUAAAAUUUUUGAAAAUUAUACAACAAUCAAUAUUCCUACAGAAAAAGUUCCAGUUGUUGAUCAUUUUCUCUCAUAUACACCCAAAAAUUAUGUUGAAGAGGCUAAGAAAAAGAUUAUACAAAUUCAUAAGAAAUUACCUCCUGGUAGUAUAUUGGUUUUUUUGACUAGUCAAGAUGAAAUAUAUCAUUUAUAUAAUUCAUUGAGUAAUUUAAAUUUAUGCAAAAGUACUGAGAAUAUUUCUUCUCGGGAAUUUAAGGAAGAAAAAAAAAUUGAAGAUGAAAAUUUGUGUUCAUUUGAUUUAAGUGAAGAAGAAAAAAACAUGAAUGAUAAAAUAAGUUUUUUUUUUAGCAAUAAUGAUGAAGACAAAGAAAAAAAAAUAAUAUAUGAUGUAUCUGAUGAUGAAAGUAUUUGCAAUAGUCAUUUAUUAAAUUUAGUUGAGACAAAUGCUAAUAAUAGCAUAAAAGUUUCAGAAAAAAAUUCAUUAAAUUUAAGUUCACAUAUAUUAGAAGAUUCUGAAAAAAAUGAUACUAAUGAAAAUACAAAGGAAAUAAAAGCAGUUAAUCAAAAGAAUAACUAUAUUGUCGAAACUCAUACUAACAAAGAGAAAAAUAAUUUAGAAACUACGAAUAAUGAAAAUAAUAUUCAUCGUUUCAAAGAAAAUGAAAUUAAGAAAGUUUGUAAUGAAAUAAAAGAACGGUUAAAUAGUGAAAUUGAAAAAGAGAAAAUUGAAGAUAGUGAAAGUAAGAAAGACUUAAAUAUAGUUAAUGAAAGCGAAGAGAAGACAAAAGAAUAUAAUGAAAGUGAGGAAGAGUUAAGUAAAGAUGUUGAAAGCACAGGAGACAAUAAUGUACAAAAAAAAAAAAAAAAAAAAAUAGAUGAAAAUAUAAAAAAAUAUUCAAGUAUUUGGAAAGGUAGUGAUGGAUCAGGAAUUCUAAAAAUUUAUAAGCUUUAUGCUAAUCUGCCUAUGAAUGAACAAAUGGCUUUAUUUAAUGACCCUAAAGAUGAUGAGAGAAUCUGUAUUUUAAGUACAAACAUAGCAGAAACAUCAAUUACUUUGCCAAAUAUUCGUUAUGUAGUUGAUUGUGGAAAAGAAAAAAAAAAAUUAUACUCUACAUUAAAUGAUUAUUCUUAUUAUAUUAUUGAUAAUAUUAGUAAAAGUUCAUCACUUCAGAGAAAAGGUAGGGCAGGUAGAAUUUUAUAUUUAUUAAAAAAGAAUAAAAAAAACAAAAAGAAAAUGGAAAUGGAAAAAGGGCAUGUAUAUAAAUUAUACUCUUCUAAUUAUUAUAACUAUUUUUUCAAAAAUCAUAAUGACUUUCCAAUUUUAAAUUAUCCACUUGAUUCUUUAAUUUUAUACUUGUUAAGUUUUAAUAUAAAAAAUGUAGAAAAUUUUCCUUUUAUCAAUAAACCUGAUAAAUAUAAAUUUGAAGAAGCUAAAAAAAGAUUAAUUUACCUUAAUUGCAUAUAUUUUGGAUGUAAAGAUAUUGAAUUUCUUUUUAAAAGCGUAGAUAAUAGAAUGUGUUCAAAAAAAAAUAUUAAAAAUCAUGUAAAAAUGUUUAAUCCUCAUAAUAAAAGUGGAAUAACACUUGUAGGAAAUUUUAUCUUAUCUUUACCAAUAAGUACAAGAUAUGCAAAGAUUUUAUCAGAUGUUUGCUUAAAAUCUUUAGCAAUAAAUCAAAAGAGUUCAAUUCCUUUAGCAUGUCUUUUAGUGUCUUGUUUAUAUAUGGAAUCUAUUUUUUCAUAUGAUUAUAAACUUAAUAUGAAAUACAAAAAAAAAGAAAAAACAAAACAAAACAAUAACAACUUAGUAAAUUUAAUUUUAAAAAAGGGUGACGAGAAAAUUAAAAAAACUGACAUAAAUGACUCAUGUAAUGAAAGUUCCUUUGAAGAGGAUAGUUCGUCGUUAGAAAAUAGUGAUAAUUAUCCAAAUAAUGAUGCUCUUGAGAAUUUUAAAUUAAAAUUUGAAAAUGACAUUGAUUUUUAUUUAAAUAUAUGUACAUCUUUUUAUUUUUCAAAGGAAAAAGAAAAUUUUUGUACUUUAAUGAAGUUAGAUAAAAAAAAAAUGGAUGAAUUACUUAAAUUGUCACAUUAUUUAAUGAAAAUAAUUAAUUUUAAACUUAAGACAAACAUUAAUUUUGAUAUCUUAGAAAAAAAUAUUUCGUCAUUAUCAAAACAAAUAAUUCAUUAUGCAGUCAUUCAAGGGUUCAUUGAUCAUUUAGCGAUCCGUUAUGACUUAAUACAUAAUGAUUAUACUAGAAAUUUAAAUUUAAAUUUUAAUAAAAAAAAAGCCUAUUUUACUCAAAAUAUUAACAAUCCUAUAUAUAUUAAUCCAAAUUCUGUCAUAUAUAAGAACAGACCUUAUCCAAAGUAUAUUUUAUAUAAUUACAUUAUGAAAAAUAAAAAUUCAUAUACCAUGUUUGACUGUUUAAGUAUAAACGAUUCAGAUUUAGGAAAAAUAACAAAUGUUUGCAUUUUUAUUAAUGAAUACGAAAAACUUCCUCCAGCGAAAUAUAAUAAAGAAAGAGAUAAAAUUAGUGUUUAUGUAAAACCUUUAUAUUUACCAUGUACUCAUUAUUUAUCUAUUACAGAAAAAGAAUUAAGUGAAAAUGAUUUUCUUUUUCAUAAUUACCUUGCUUUAUUUAUAUUAGAUGGAUCGAUAUUUCCAAAAAUAUUAAAAUUUCAAAAUUAUUAUUCUCAUUCAUCUAAUGAUGUUAUUAAUUGCAAACAACAAAAUAUUAAAGAAUUUAUAGAUAUGUUAAAAAAUAAUAAUAUAACUAAUAGAUCUACUUUAAUAAAUAAGUGGAGAAUACAAAAUAAUUUUUUAAAACAAGAAUUUAUUUCUUUAAUUGAAAAAAAAUGUAUUAAUUAUAAUUAUCUUAUUGAGAAUUCUUGGCCUCCUUUAGAUUAA